UCUUCCGUUUCCGUGUUGUCUAGUCGGGAUCUAUGACGUUAAAGGGCGGGCGAGGAGGAAGAUCCAGAGCCGGGCUCCUCAGUCGCCCCGGAGGCGGGGAACGAGAAGCAAGAUGGUUUACAUCUCGAAUGGACAAGUGUUGGACAGCCGGAGUCAGUCCCCGUGGAGGUUAUCUUUUAUAACAGAUUUCUUCUGGGGGAUAGCUGAGUUCGUGGUUUUGUUCUUCAAAACUCUGCUUCAGCAAGAUGUGAAAAAGAAAGGCUACGGAAACUCAUCUGAUUCCAGAUAUGAUGAUGGAAAAGGGCCCCCAGGAAAUCCCCCCAGAAGAAUGGGUCGAAUUAAUCAUCUGCGUGGGCCUAAUCCUCCUCCAAUGGCUGGUGGAUGAGGAAGGUAAAUGUCUGCUGUAAGAAGCAGACAACUGGACAUGCACAUUCGUAGCAGAAGGAAACCAUCAAGCAGGGGAGAGCUGAGCGUGCUGGACGAGUGGAUGAAUGUGUACGUCUAAACAGGGAUUGCUCUGUGUCCUCACAGACGAAUGAGGUUGUGCUGGGAAUUCCCUCGCAGGGAUCUGGCAUGACUGAUGCAGUUCUAUAAAUGCACAUGUUUGUCUCAUUAUCAUUUUGUAUAGUUUAUGAAAGGAUUAAUACACUUUUAAUAAGUAAAUAUUUUUAGGUUACAAAACUGACUAAUCUUUAUAUAAUUGAAACACAAAAACUCCAAUUUGAAGGAAAAUAAAAGGCGAUGUAUUUAGUACUAUUAGUGUCACCAUUUUCAACUUCUGAAAGUGUUCAUUGUUAAUUUGUUUCCAUUUAUAAAUAAGUCACAUUGUAUUUAUUUCAGUAGUAUGCGUAUAAUAAUGUAUUGAAAUGUAUUUGUUCCAUGAAUCUUUAAUAAAAUGUUUGAUUUGCUACCAGA